GUCACGAGACAGCUCGACUCAUCAGUUUGCAAACUAGAUGAUGCAAAACGCUCUGUUGUUGGUUGCUUGGGCCGUUAGCGUUGCCGCUCAGCUGGAAACUCACGUACCUUCAGUGCCAGUCGGUGUUGUAGUUCAAAACGGAACGGAAUCGACUCAUGUUCAUCUUGACGUGUUUUACGACCUGCUCUGCCCUGACUCCAAAGCCAACUGGCCGGCACUUCAGCAGUUGAUGAGCCAUUUCAAGAGCGAUUUAAGAGUUCGCAUAGUUCUUUUUCCGCUACCUUUCCACCAUCACGCCUUCUUCACUGCUCAAGCUGCCUACACUGUCGCCUCUAAAAAAGAAAGCAUCUACGCCGACUUCGUUUCUCUAAUGUUUGAGCGUCAAGCAGAGCUAAAAGUUGGCCCGGCUGUCAAUUUUACUGAAGACGAAGUUCGACAACACAUCGCAUCCAUUGUCUCAUCCGGCAACUUCGGCAUCACCUCCUCCGAAAUCAUGGCCGGAUUCGAAGAUGAUGCGGUGUACGAACGGGCUGUGCUUGAUUGGAAGCACUCUUGUGAUAGAACGAUUUCCGACACUCCUGGAUUCGCCAUCAACGGCAUCAAAGUUCCUGAAGCGGGUACGUUCUCGAUGUCUGACUGGGUCAAGGUGAUUGAGAGCCUCGUGAACAAGAAGUCGACUUAGUUGGAGAUGUGAUGUGAGUAUGCAUUGUGAUCGAAUGGUGCCUGCUAUAUAAAAGGCUUUUGGAGUGGAUAUUGUCUUGUGUAUGAGAGUGUGAGGGUUACGUUUGCAAAGAGAUAUAUGUGAAUGUCA